AUGAGGCUGCUGUCGGCUCUUCCCUACCGUCUUGCAUCGUCCGUACACCUCUACGGAUCGUCUCAUUCUGCUGGUGUUCGGUUACUUUGCACAGCACCAAGAGUUCUUAGGGAAACGACAGGCGCAGUUGAUGAACGUGAAAGUAAGGAAAUCUACACUACCUGUUCAAUUGAUCCCGACGAGCCAAAAUUUGAGAAAAUUCUCAUUGCUAACAGAGGAGAGAUCGCAUGUCGAGUAAUCAAGACUGCCCGCGCGAUGGGCAUCAGAACCGUUGCCGUACAUUCGGAUGUGGACUCAGGAUCUCUUCACGUCAAAUUGGCUGAUGAGGCUGUUUGUGUCGGUCCAGCUCCCACAAGUGAAUCGUAUCUCCGUGCAGACAAGAUCUUGGAAGCUGUGAAGAUGACUGGAGCUCAGGCUGUCCACCCUGGAUAUGGUUUCCUUUCUGAGAACACCAAAUUCGCUGCCGAAUUAGAAAAAGCCGGCGCAGUGUUCAUUGGUCCCAACUCAAAGGCUAUCCUGGAUAUGGGAGACAAAAUUCAUUCGAAAAAGAUAGCCACAGCUGCUAAGUUGAGUAGUUACCUCGGUGACUUUCGUCCAUGGUUUGCCCUUAUUUUUUACUAUGGACAGCUGACGGUCAACAUGAUUCCUGGAUUUGACGGCGAAAUAGACGACGAGGAUAUGUGCGUUAAAGUUGCCAACGACAUUGGAUAUCCGGUCAUGAUUAAAGCCUCAGCAGGAGGUGGUGGAAAAGGAAUGCGUAUUGCUUGGAAUGAUAAGGAGGCUCGUGAUGGAUACAGGCUUUCCAAACAGGAAGCAAAGUCUUCUUUCGGAGAUGAUCGUAUGCUCGUUGAGAAAUUCAUUGAUAAUCCUCGACACAUUGAAAUGCAGGUGCUCUGUGAUAAACAUGGAAACGCCCUUUGGCUGAAUGAGCGUGAAUGUUCUAUCCAACGAAGAAAUCAGAAAGUGAUUGAAGAAGCUCCGAGCAGCUUUGUCAUUCCUGAGAUGCGUCGCGCAAUGGGAGAGCAAGCAUGUUCGCUUGCAUUAGCUGUGGGUUACGAUUCGGCAGGAACUGUAGAGUUCUUGGUCGAUUCGAAGAGAAACUUCUAUUUCCUGGAAAUGAACACGCGUCUACAGGUCGAACAUCCAAUCACUGAAUGUAUCACUGGAAUUGAUAUUGUACAACAAAUGUUACGGGUUGCUUAUGGCCACAAGCUUCCUCUCACGCAGGAUCAAGUUCCACUGAGAGGAUGGGCUUUCGAAAGCAGAGUCUACGCUGAGGAUCCCUACAAAGGUUUUGGUCUGCCGUCUAUUGGCCGCCUAUCCAAAUAUGUUGAACCUCGUCACGUUGCCGGUGUGCGCUGUGAUUCCGGAAUCCGUGAAGGCUCUGAGAUCUCCAUCUAUUACGAUCCACUGAUUUGCAAGCUUGUCACUCACGGUAAUGAUCGUCAACAAGCAUUGGAUCGCAUGGUCGAAGCUCUUGACAACUACGUUAUCAGAGGUGUGACGAACAAUAUUCCUCUUCUUCGUGACAUUUGCCAAGAAGAGCGUUUCCGAACUGGCAACAUCACCACUAAGUAUCUUCCCGAAACAUACCCUGAAGGUUUCCAAGGUGCAACUUUGAAUGAAGAAGAAGAAGAGACUAUUAUUGGUAUCGCCGCGGCUCUGAACGCACGCAAACUAGCUCGUGGAAAUAAGUAUUUGAACCACACUAGACAAAGAUCCACCGCUGUCGACCCUUACAGUAAGAAAUACAGGUAUAACAUGCUAUGUUUUUGUUAUUUAACUGUCAGCUUUCAUGUCCUAUUUAUGAUUCUUGUUGACGACAAAAAAAUCUCAGUCGAAGGGGAUCUCAAUCUUGCCAACCCCGUCAUUCACUUGAGCACCGGAAAGCAACAGCGGAUAGCAACACAAAUUGUUGGAAAACGCGCAGGAGAGAUCACUGUACUCUUCAAAGGUUCGCCUUUCAAGGUGAAGGUACUCCCUGAGCAGGCUCUUGAAUACCUCCAAUACAUGAAGGAGAAGCCGAAGCUUGAUCUGUCCACUGUUGUGUUGGCACCUAUGCCCGGAGCAAUCAAGUCCGUUACUGUGAAGGUUGGCGAUAUGGUUAGCGAGGGUCAGGAGUUGGUCGUUAUGGAGGCUAUGAAGAUGCAAAACAGCUUGCACGCAGGAAAAACGGGAAAAGUAAAAGCUGUCCAUGUUAAAGUUGGUGACACCGUCGAUGAGGCGCAAGUGCUGGUAGAACUCGAAUAA